GUGGGAACACGCGGGCGCGCGCCAUGGGGCAUGAACCACCGAAGUCUGCAGCGUCCUCAUUCCUCCGCCCUUUGAUCGCUUUGGACGCCACAAUUUCUCUCUCUCUUCAUACACUCACGAGACCGAUCGCCCCAAGAUCCAUCCUUCUGCUUCUGGAAUUCUUCGCCGACUUCCGUUUCACCUUCCCUGUCCUUCUCUCCCUCUUCUUCGUUACUCCUCCCUCCUCUCCUUUACGCUCUCAUUUGCUCUUGCCCCUCCUUUUCUGCUCCCUUAUCGACCUCCUCUUUAUCGCCGCCGUCAAAUUCCUAGUCCGCAGAUCCCGUCCUGUCUACGGCAACCAUGGUGAGUACAACGCCGUCGUUUCCGUCGACCACUUCUCCUUUCCUAGUGGUCAUUCCUCCAGGGCUUUCUUUGUUGCUUCCCUCUUUUACUUUUCUCGGCUUCCCAUUCUCGACUCCGUGCCCGAUCUGAAAUCCCGCGCCCAUCCUUCUGUUACCGCUCUCAUUCAUCGGUGGAUUGGUCAAGAUGACAUUGCGGCCGUCAAUCUGUUCCUCUUCCUUGUUUGGAUGUGGGCGCUUGCCACUGCAUUCUCUAGGAUAACACUCGGGAGGCAUUAUGUUCUCGAUAUUUUCGUCGGCGCCUGUUUGGGUGUGCUUGAAGCUCUCUUCACUCUCCGUUUUCUUGUGUUUCAAUUAUGGAGCUGAGGUUCUUGUGGAGCACAAUGAUGAUCCCAUGCAGCCCGAUGGGUUCCGUCUAAUUUGUCUUUAAUGGAUAAUGGAGAUGGGCAUCUUGACAUUGGUACAUGGUAUUGAAUGCUAUGGUUAACAUCUUGCAAAGACAUGUUCAAACUCUGUGGAUAUUAAUGCUUGACAAUUGCUUUUGGGCUUCAUGGUUUUGUUUUUAUAUUACCUUUCUCCGUCCAUUCUCUACACGCAUUCAGAUGAUGGGAGACAUAUAUUUAGCUUCAAUGGUGCAUCGGAACUGUACAUAUAAUUUAUAUACAUUUGUCUGCUGCGCCAUUCAAACCAUCGAAUGUAUGAUGACAGGAGUAAUAAUUUCUUUAUACCUAGUGAAAGUUGCUUGCUGCUGUCAGAGGGCUUCCUGAAUUUGCAGAAACUGAUGCAAAGACAAAUUAGAUUGUCUCUAUUUUUUUAAUUCCGUUUAUCUUUUUAGAUACUGUGCAUUCUUACCAUGUGAUAAGAUUUAUCAUGUCAUGAGAUCAGAUCUUGUGGUUGGCUGG